AUGUUUCGACAUCCACGCGAAACCCAGCCUGACCCGAUAACUUCCGAACUAAGCCACCUCCUUUCCCCACUGGUUAUUUUUCCAUGGGGACCGCUUGCAAUGCACUACUUGGGCGUUCCCAUUGUCGUAGGUAAUGCUAUGAUAGCCGUCCGUGAUGAGGACUAUGAGCUGGCAUGCCAGAAGCUGAAGGACUCGGCAUUCUACGAAAUAAUCCCUGACCGCUCGAUUCCCCCCGAGAUAUUGGCAACGCUCCCAGAUCCAGAGCAAGCAAUUGAAGAGGUUGAGAGAGAGUACCAACGCCUGGAUAAGUCAACAGUCACGUUCGAAUAUCCAAUAAAUCACCACCUGGCAGGGAGUCUACAGUUGACGAUGGCGCCAAAUUCUUUCGCAAAUCUUCCCAUACCGGAUGUGACUGGUGAUGUGAAGCAAAGCGUAUUAUCUACCAGUGGCUACGACAUAUACGGCAAUAUUUGUCAGCCACUUGAAGAGGCGUUAGUUGAAAGUUUUGUGAAAUGUGUUAUUGACGAUAAGAAUGAUGAGAAUGCCGAGUUCUCGGGUUGGGGGGACAGAUUGAGCACAUGGGUGGCUAUGAUGUGCGCAUAUCUUGAGGUUAAUAAUGAUAUUCUGGAUAGCUGCCCAGAUGAGAGAGCAGUGGAAUGGUUUAGUGUGACCUACGGUCGGAUACACGAGGAAAAGUUCGGCCCCUUGGAUAGACGUGUCUCGAAGCGAUUGGGGUCUGGAAGGGAAAUGCCGGUGGAUAUGAGGGGCAACCCGUUGCCAAAGUAA